GUGCCAACACCGCCGUCGCCUUUAUUUGCAACAAAAUCGACCGCGCAAUUGCCUGCAGUCAGAGUUGAGUCAGUGCCUGCGGUGUUGCGUUAUGUUCUGGGCAUUCGAAAAAUAUUAUUGACAUUAACCGCCGUCGGUUGAUUCAUCGCCACUCGUUUAGAAAAUAAUUCAAGACAAAUAUGUGUACAAUGCGAUAAGGAUUUUAUAUGCGAGGGUUCUUCGAAUAAAGGGAGCAUAUAGGCAACCCGGCGUGACAUUUAUACCACGCUCAAAUUAACGGAAAACAUAAAUAACAUAUGAUAUAAAUGUGUCGAUGAGAAUUUGAUCAUCGUCAGCGAAUUGCCGUAGAUUAACGGGUCCAACAAGAUGAAAUAUGAUGUUGUGGAUCCCUGCUUACUUAAUAAUCUUCAUAGCCUUUCCAAGUAUUGUCGCCAAACCAGCCAUGGAUAGCCCAAAUUUGCGAUACGAGGAAUAUGUUGUGGAACACGAUAUUUCAGCCACGCAGGCUAGAAACGUGGCACUCAGUACAAACUAUAAUGAAGUGACUCCUCUAGCAGGAUGUCAAGAAUGUACCAAAGAAGAAAUACACUAUUGUUUGGGUUCGGACCUUAUCAGCGACCACUGCUGUUGUGAUAAACGUUACCAUGAGGUACUGCCUUUCAUACCACAUACUUGUUACUUCGGGACUCAAUUGUGCAGUCCAGUACAGUCAGAUUGUGCUAAAUACACCCGAGUAAGAACUUGCUGCUGUGAUAGAUAUUUACUUCAAAAAUGGAAGGAAAAACUAAGUGCGAGCAGUAACCGAAGUAAAGUACCAGCUUUUUUAUGCUUCUUAGUUUUGGUCGUACAAAUCUUUAUACUGUGACUCACAAUGAAAUACGUAUUCAAUAUAAUUGUGUGUAGAAAUGUAUGCAUUGUUUCUAAAAAGGAACACAUUUAAUUAUGUAGGUACAGGCAGUACUUUAUUUAUUUUUGCUAAUUUUAUAUUUGCACCAGUAUUAUUAAACUUGUUGAUUUUGUUUAAAAUAAAUGACAAUAAUAUCACAAA